UUCUCGAAGUCUGCCUUCCUGGGACAGACCGACGACCUCGAUGUAGGAGGAAGAGGGUAAGAUUUAGAUCGGUCAGUGAGUCUGCCAGCCAUAAAGACGAGUGAUUCUGCCUCGACUUGGAGUGAAUUAUCAUGCCUACCUUAGGUGCUGUUGAAACUAUUCAACACACACUGUUAAAAUACAUCUUCUAACAAUCGAACAAUCAAUAUGUCGACAGCAAUCGCCUUGCAGAGCAUAGAUGCUAAGGAGACAGCAACACUUCGCCAGCGUAGAGCCGACUCAUCUCAAGACAAUGCGUGGAUCUCCUCACCCCACGACGUUUCCUCCUCCGCCCUACCUCUCGACUCAUCCUCGCUCUCUCCAACCUCCAUCUAUUGGAUCACGCCCCACGGCAUACUCACAAAAGCCAUCACAAUCCUCGAUCUCACCCACGAUAUGCCACUCCCCUCCACCGGCCUAACCGACACCUACAAAGCCGCUAUAAAAACCACCCUGAAAGACCACUCCUUCACCCCAAUCAUCACCUGCCACCGCCAGAGCUGGAUCGGCCUGAAAUACACCAUCCAAGACGAUCAGCACAACCCCAUCGCGCAGUGGUCGCAAUCGUGGUUCUCCGCCGGCGAAGCCGUGCUCACCUUCCCCGCCGACUCGCCGCACUCCUCGCACCCCAUCAGUCUGAAGAACAAGAGGUGGGGUCUGCGCACGGAGUCGUUCACGGUUAACUCGCAGCUCUUCUCCUGGCAGAUGGACAGCGCGUGGCAUUCGUACAACAUGACGCUGUACAAGGUGCUUGGGUCUGGUGAGCAUCAGAAGAAAAUCGAGGUAGGUAAGUAUAGCCAGAAGUGGUGGGGAAGCUGUGCUACGGGUGGUGCAUUUGUGUUUGAUGAGGGCAUCAUCGAUGGGGUUGUGGCGGCUUUGACGCUGGUGGUUGUACUGAAGAAGAAGAGGCAGAGAGCGGCUGAGAGGUAUGGGAAUGGUGCGCAUUGAUCUUCGGCGGUGCUUGGUUGGACGCGUGUCGGCUUCGCGCUAUUUAAUGGUCUUUUUAAAUAUAUGAUGUUGUAGUUAAUUGUAUACAUUCUUGCCAA